ACAAUGAAAGCGCUAGCAGGCUAAGCGACAACAGAGUGCACAGACAGCAGUGUUACACAGCCGGUCAGUCAGAUAACUGACGGUUAAGACGUUAUAGGCUGAAUAUUUCACGCUUUCCUCUUUACACAGAGCCGAAGUUGAAGGUAACUGUAACUCCCCGGGUGAGUGAUGGAAGCCCCGCCGGUCACCGUGAUGCCCGUUACCGGGGGCACGAUAAACAUGAUGGAGUAUUUACUGCAGGGCAGUGUGCUGGACCAGUCCUUAGACAGUCUCCUCCAUCGUCUAAGAGGUCUGUGUGACAACAUGGAACCAGAGAGCUUUGCUGAUCAUGAACUAGUUUACCUUCUUAAAGGUCAGCAGGGAAACCCUUUCAUUCUCCGGGCAAGGCGCUCUCUUGCUCACCCCACUGCUCCCUGGCACCUGCGUUACCUUGGCCAGCCAGAGGUGGGCGAUAAGAGUCGCCACGCCCUCGUUCGGAACUGUGUGGACGUUUCAGCGUCUCACAGCCUGCCAGACUUCCUCAACGAAAUGGGCUUUCGCAUGGACCAUGAGUUUGUGGCUAAAGGGCAUAUUUUCCGAAAAGGUGUGCUCAAAGUGGUCGUUAGCAAACUUUCUCGGGUGCUUGUGCCGGGCAACACGGACAACACUGAACCGCUGUCUCUGUCCUAUCUAGUGGAACUUAGUGUUUUGGCACCUGCUGGACAGGACACAGUGUCUGAAGACAUGCGCAGCUUUGCAGAGCAGCUUAAGCCCCUCGUACACCUGGAGAAGAUUGACCCAAAAAGGCUCAUGUAGAUGCUGUGAGCUGUCAUAAAUUAAUCAACCAAACAAGAGUUGUUGUUUUUUUUUUUUCAUGGAUGCAAGGGACUAGAUGUGAAUUGCCAAACUUGACAGCUAUUCAAAGUAACAGAGACUUUGCUUCCCACCCUAAGCUGAAAACUGUAAAACCUCAAACAAAAAAAAAAAUAUUGUGUAAUAAACGUAGUGUUUUGUUGAAAGUGGCUUUUCAUUUGCAAUGUAAUACUUUACACAUUGUUUAAAUUGUCUUUGUCCUAACUAGAUCAUCAUAUUGAAAUAGUUCUAUUAGGCCUGGCACGAUAACCAAUUUUUCAAGAAUAUUUUAUGCCAGACAUAAUUGUGAUAAACAAUAUAAUUUUAUUUUAUUAUAACACUCAUAAUAAUAAUGUAAAUAAAUUAAAAUGUAUUUACACGUUCUUUUAAAAAAAAACACAUUAGAAUUGGAAUUAUGGAAAAUGUGUACAUUUCUGGAAUAAAACAUAGUAUAAAGUCUUGGCAGUAGUAGAUAUAAGAGGAUAAAAUAGUAUUUGCAUUUGUUCUUCUUUUCUAAAUAGACAAUUCUUAAUUCAGUUAGCUUUGCAUCAGUUUAAUAAGCAAUUAUGCCCAAAUUAUCUGAUUUGCCUUCGAAGAUUGAGCUUUCUUCAGUAACCCUGCGCUGUUACUGUAUUACAGUUUUGCUGCACUAGGUGGCUCUCUUGCUCUGUUUCAAUCCUCUUCUUUUCCAGAACGGAGCAGUGCUCCCUUGUACACCUCAUGUAUGAGAGAUGCAGUUGCUAUGGCAAUAAUUAGGUGCGAGAUCUCCACCCCCACCACCACUAGCUCUAAUUAGCUUUCUCAAUUGCUUAAUGAUACAUGGACCUGUGAAAGCUCUCCUUUCUUCCCUGUCAGAAAAGUGCAGAUAUUUUUUUCCUGUGCGCUCUCAUCUCCUCUAUUAACUCAUGAGAGCUGACACCAGCGAUGGCAGCUAGAGAUGAGGCCAUUACUCUUCCAGUGCUCCAACUGGGAUCACACUAUUUAAAAUGUAUGAGAGAAUUUACCAUUAAUUUUUGUUUUGGGAAUGGAGUGUUCAUGUUUGCACAGAUAAAGCAUUUGAUAUUCCCUCCUGUUGAAAUGAAUGAAAAUGAAAUGAAAAUUUCUUGCUGUGUUUGCUGAGUUUUGUUAGUCAAGCAUUCUGCAUUAAAACAAAGACUUUA